AUGGGCAGCUGGACCGCUUUCCUCCUGACCUACCUGCUCGGUGGCGUCACCUUCAUACCCAUCGUCCUUGUCACCGCCUGGUUCGCCCUGCCCCAGGUCCGCGAGCUGCUCGCCGAGAAGGAGGUCGACGGCGGCAGCAUCGUCCGCCCCGGCGAUCUCACCAAGGACCUCGAGGCGGCGCAGAAGGCUGAGAAGGGCGAGUCAAAACCCCAGUAUGUCCAGGCCGCCGACGUGGCCGCCGGCUACUUCGCCGUAUGUCGAGACUACACCCCCAUGGGGAUCAACGCCAAGCCCAUCGAACGAUCGACCCCCGUCGGAUCGGCCACCGUGGCCGCCCCGAGCCAGAGCGUAUACCAGGCCAUGUACCGGACCAUAUUCGACAGAAAACAAGGCCCAAAUCCCCUGGAAAACACUAGCGGCAACAGUGUUCGACCCAAGAGGGCGGGUAACGUGUUCUACGUUGUGCUCCGACAUGGGCAUCUCAUGCUCUUCGACGACGACGAACAACUCGAGGUGCGCCACGUCAUCUCUUUGGCACACCAUGAUGUCAGCAUAUACUCGGGGGGAGACAGCACGCCAGAGGGUGAGCUGUUUAUAAAAAGGAACGCUUUGUGUUUAUCCAGAAAGCUGGACUCAAACGAGCUGGCACCGGAUAGCCAGAUAUCGAGACCUUUUUACCUGUUCUGUGAAAACUGCUCGGCAAAGGAGGACUUCUAUUUCGCCUUGAUUCGGAAUCAAGAGCAGGUGUUUGGGGCAACCAACCGGGCGCCGCAGCCCUUGCAAUUCGAAGUCAAGAAUAUCAUCUCGCUUGUCCAGAGACUUCAUUCGAGCGAGGAGCACAUGCAGACGAGGUGGCUCAACGCCAUGAUCGGGCGCAUCUUCUUGGGUAUCCAUAGGACCAAGGAUAUAGAGAAUCUCAUACGGGAAAAGAUCACCAAGAAGAUAUCGCGUGUCAAAAGACCGACGAUUCUCUCGCGGAUCGCAAUACAGAACAUCGACACCGGAGAUUCUGCCCCCUACAUCACGAACCCGCGGCUUAAGGAUCUGACGGUGGAGGGUGAGUUCGGUAUGGAGGCCGAUGUUAAGUACACAGGAAACUUCAGAUUGGAGGUCGCCGCAACGGCCAGGAUCGACCUCGGUACUCGCUUCAAGGUGAGAGAGGUGAACCUUGUCCUUGCGGUGGUGCUCAAGAAGCUUGAGGGCCACGUCUUCUUCAAGAUCAAGCCGCCUCCGAGCAAUCGUAUAUGGUUCUCCUUUCAAACCAUGCCCAAGAUGGAAAUGACAAUAGAGCCAAUUGUCAGCACAAGACAAAUCACUUAUACGGUCAUCCUUCGCCAGAUCGAGAAUCGAAUCAAGGAGGUGGUUGCGGAAACCCUGGUGCAGCCAUUCUGGGACGAUAUGCCCUUCUUCAAAACGGAGCACAAGGAGUGGCGUGGAGGUAUCUUUGAAGGGGAUGAUGCCGUGGAGCACUCUGAGGACCAUGAGGAGAUUGCGGCCAUGCUUGGUGACGUGGAUGAGGUCUCCCACAUCGAGGAGACGGGCAUUCCGACAUCCCCUGGUUCGCCCGAACUGCGACCAAUCGAGAAGAGCCACAGUGUCCCAGCCUUGGAGAACGCCAAUCCAUCGGGAUUCUGGGCCCGCAAGAUGAAUGCAAAGAAGACAGCACUGCAAAACCAGACGAGUUCGAGCGCCUCAGCGUCCACAACCGCACUCGAUACGAAGAACUCUCCAUCGCCUAUUCCCAUCGAGACGCCCCGUCCGAUUCGCAGUGGCUCGUAUUCCGCCUCCAGCCCGACCAUCAGUGCCGAUGCGGCACACGCAGAAUUGUUCAAGCCUUCGUCCUCUCCUCCUGACAAGGACGAUGCAGCGAGCGUCAUGGCCAGCGUGGCGGCUAGAAGCCGGAAAGGAUCUAAUGCCCCGACUCCCGUAGGCACACCCACACGUCCGACGUCAGUCAAGCAGGUUUCCAACGAGUCUUCUUCUUCUGAGUCCUUGGAACCUGUGAUCCACGAGGACCAGACACCAACCGCUCCAGGACGUCGGGAUACAACAUCGUCUGUUGAUAGCGGUGCAAGCGAGAGCGACCGAACUGACUCACCCGCACCAUCAACUAGGGCAUCAGUCAGAAGUGCGACAGGAUCCAUCGGAAGAGGCCUUUUUUCCAGGAAAGACACCUCGGGUUCGACGACGCCCAACGGUACGCCAGAUCAGAAGCGAAACACCCUGGCGGCGGUAUCGAAUGCGGCAGCUACGGCAAAGCGCUGGGGUUGGAAUGCCAUGCAGCGCCGUUCUGAGCAGGGUCCGGAUGGACGGAAGCUGUCCGACCCUCCGGCAGUUGAUCUGAAUCAACCAAUGGGCCGAGGUCAACCGUUGCCGCCCCCAGGCAUGCCGCUCCCGGGGCCAGAUAGGAGGUCUAAGGUCACUCCCAUACCGAUGCCAAAACGGAAGCCGAUUCCUCCACCAGAACUGGCGGGUCGGAACAGCACGACAAGCGUGAACGAUCCAAAGCCUGAGCGGCGGGCGGUGCCGCCCCCUCCUUUGCCGAGAAGGAGACGUGUGUCUGAGGUGCAUCAAGACGAGGGGGACGAGGAGAACUUGUUGGUGGUCGAGGCGCCAGCUGAUUCGGAGCCCACGUCGCCCUUGUACGAGGACCACGAGCACGAAAACAGCCCCGCGUACGUCCAGCCGUCGGUAGAAGACCUAGCGGAAGGGGAGAGCGGCGGCCCCUCCACGCCGAGCGAAAGCAUCACGGAGCAAAUGGACACGCAAGACGUACCUCAGUCUACUGUGCAGCACGAGGACGGCAGCAACGAUAUGAAAGACGAGGACGAGGAUGACUAUGCGAACUGGCUAGAUAACAACCCAGAGUUCGCAGGAGAGGAACACGAGCCCAUAGCUGCUCGCUAG